UAUUUUAAAAUGUAUUUACUUAGCCAUAUAGAGGUCACUAUUGACUAUGUAUGAUUCAAGUUAUAAAUAAAUAAAUAAUAUACUAUCCCAGUAAAACUGGGUGUCUUGGUAUUUGGAGCCCUGGGUGAGAUAUUGACAACAGAAGAACACCAGCUAUCCAAGAAGAUCUUAAGCAAGCUGGGAGUGUCACAAAAGCACUGGGAUAUACUAAUGGCCAACAUCGCAUUGUCAGUGGCUAAGGCCUCUGCCCAAAGCCUCAUGCAUAGGCUUCGGCAAUGAGACCGUCUUUCAUCGCUGUGAAGCACGCCGUUUAUCCAGAGCCUCAGGAAGUCCGCCGGAGAAGACGACCAAGCCAACCAAGGAGCUCUAAGUUACCAAAUAAAGUAAGGAAAGCAUGCCGUAAUCGAUAUACCAUGUUACUAAAACGUCAAAGUUUAUAUAAGGAAUCCGCUGACAGACGCGGACUCGGUAAUGACGAGUUAUGGAGUUGAAGGACAGGAGACAGAAAGGCUACCCGAGGAAGACUUCGGUGCCUACUGCAAGAGAUUGGCACGUCGGGUCUCCGACCAGCAAGUGGAUUGGUUGCUUGAUAAGUGGAGAUCGAUGAAUUAUGGAAGGCUUGUAAUCAAGGGAGAGGAGUGUAUCCGGUUUCCAGCAUACAACUCCUUCAAGAUGGAGGACUGGAUCGCGAGGAGAGUCCUUGAAGCAGCUGAGGAGCAGGUCCAUGGCCUUGGGGCACUGAAAGAAGUACCAUGCAGGCUGGGAUGCCUAAACGUUGAGACAGCGUAUCAUGUCAUCUCUGCAUGUGGGAGACAAACGCAUCUUACGAGGCAUGAUACGGCUGUGAGCUCGAUAAAAUUCCCAGCAUUCAAUUCCUUCAAGAUGGAGGAUUGGAUUGCCAGGAGAACCCUGAAAGCUGCAGAGGAGCAGGUCCACGGCCUUGGAUCCAUUACAGGGGCUCCAUGCUGGUUGGAAUGCCAGAACACCGAGACUGCCUACCACGUGAUAGGUGCAUGUGGGAUGCAGACCCACCCUGCCAGGCACGACUCAGCGGUCAGUUGGAUAAUAAGGACCAUCCUAGAGGCAACGAGAGCCCCUGAGGACGAAAAGCUCAGCGCUUUCAAAUCCCGAGCCUCGUUUGACGCCGAGUACCUGUGGGAGGAGCACAAAGUUGAGAUCUGCGCGGAGCCAAGCGUCAAAAAAUAUUCGUCAAAAUUCUUUAUUUUAAUUUAAAAUAAUUUAAACAAUU